AUUAGAGGUGGAUAUAACAUCGGUUUAAUAUUCGCUUUUCAAAACAAGUAAGCAACGUCAUUAAAUGUUCUGAAAUUCGGAAGUUACAAAGCUAUAGCGCCAGGCUAAGCUAACGAUUGAUACGUUUUGGACAAGUCUCAACUUUUAUCACAAGCCACGUUUGUUGAUAGAAAGACAAUAAAGACUGAAAAACUGAUAAAAUAUUGAUAGUUUUCUUACGAGCAUAACGACGAGGACCUGCGAGGCGCAAUUUUGCCGCGACGGAGAUGCAUUUGAAAGAAUGCCAAUAGAAUCAUGCUGAUGGGAAUUUUGAAUGAUGUGUUUUUAUGCAGGAAGGUCAAGUAUGUUUCGAACAAGUGUUUUCAAAUAACAUAGAAUUCGACACUCACAGGAUGGGUACGAAAGACUCGAACGAUAUUGAUGAUGUAUCAGACGAGGGCAGCAUUGCCUCACUGGAAACCAGCAGCUCUUCGUCAAGUUCAGCAGCGAUUGACUUGCCUGCUGACUGGGAGGUCGCUAUUGCUGAUGACAAAGGUCGACUGUACUACAUUGACAAUGAAAAGAAGGUGACAAGUUGGUGCCCACCAACAAAAUCUUGGAAGUGUUGCUAUGGCCUGCCGUGUGGAUGGGAGAUUGCAAUUGACAGCAAGCACUUUCUGUACUAUAUUAACCACAGCUCCCUACUCACAACAUAUAAACAUCCAAACUAUGACAACAAGCAGUUUGAAUCCCUUCACCAGGCAUUUCAAGCAAAACGAAGGAAAGUCUGCAUCAAAAGAAGUCUACGUGAUGUGUUUUGUCAUCGCAGUUUCUACUUUCUAUGCAUCUCAGGUUUCGGUUUCGUCGCUGGAAGUGAGAAGCCAGUUAUAAUUCGAUCUGUUGUGGCUGGUAGUCCUGCAGAUGGCCAGCUUUCGGCGAAUGAUCAGUUGUUCAGUAUAAAUGGGCAGAUAUCAUACAAUCUUCCACAGCCGCAAGUAAUCAGCAUGAUAAGGUCAUGCACUGAUGUAUUAGAAAUGGAGGUCAUUGCGACGGAAGAUAUCCAAGAUGUUCGUAAUCAGGGAAGUCUCAAGUCUGCAUUAAUGAGUCGUGCCACAAGAGAAAGACGAAAAUCUUGCCCUGUCUCUGUUCGAUUUGAAGAAAAACCAGAAGUCUUGUCGAUCUCCACACCCAGUGUAUUGAGUGUUAACAUCAUAAAACAGAUGAUUCCGAACGUCCUUAAGAUUUACCUUGAAAAUGGCCAAACAAAGUCUUUUCAGUAUAGCACAGAAACUACAGUCAAGGAAAUAUUUGAAUCGUUGCUGGAUAGACUGCAGAUCAAAGCUUGGAGACAUUUUGCACUGGUUAUGAUAGGCCCAUACCGAAACCAGACAAUAUUCUUGCAACCAGAAGAUAAAGUAACCCAGAUUGUCAAUAAAAAGGUUUUCUCUCGCUGGGAGUGCAGGCUAGAGCUUUGCUUCAUCCCAGAUGAUGCAUACGAACUUUUGAACGAAGAUCCUGUGGCAUUUGAUUACUGGUAUCAACAGACAUGCAACAGUGUUGUUAAAGGACACUUCGGUCUCGAUCUCAAAUUUGAUGCAGUUAUGCGGUUGGCUGCACUUCAAAUUCACACUGCAAUGACCGUUGAAAACGAAGAGGCAAAAUUUACACUAAAAGAUGUUUCCAAGGAAUAUGGUGGACUUGAUGACUUUCUACCAAUUGGUAUCGUCCAGAACUUCAAAAAGAAAGAUAUCAAAAAAUCUUUAAGUAGUCAGUUAAAAUCUCUUUCAAGGAUCGCAUUCCCUGGACAGAAGUUGACACCACUGCAGGCGAAGCUUCAUUACCUGAAAAUUGCAAGCCAGAACAUUACAUUUGGUGGUAAAAUAUUCGCAGCAAAUUUAUUCAAUCACAACAGUGGAUCGGAUUCAUCAACAGAUAUGUCAAUGGAUGUCUCUGAUGUCCUUAUCGGCCCAUCUAAAGGCAUUUGUACUCUUUUUACCGAUACUGGAAAUGUGCUGCAGCACCUCGCUGACUUUGCAGACGUUACAGGUAUCGUUGUGACGUCACACUUGCUGAAUAAACAUCAUUUGAAAAUAUUCAUACAGGGCAAAAAAGCCAUCUCAUUUAUCGUCAGUCCACAAGAUGCCGAUGACAUGGCCUUUUUCAUUGAAAGGUAUUAUAAAAUUAAAACUGAAGAAGCUCCUGAUCUUCCUAUCUACAACCUUUCGCAGACAGUACCACGAUAUAAAGCACCAAAAGACACCAGAGCUCCAAACUACCUCGGUGAACAUGCUGUUGUCCCUUCAACUUGGAGUUACCUUGAAGAUGUCAUUCCCACACUUUGGCUAAAUAACAGCUCAGUGGAUCAGAGCUCGCCAAGGAGUAUCAGCACUAAAGUUGACCUUGCAAGUGGACCCCCUCAGUACAACGCUGGGAAGUCUUAUGACCGAUCAAGCUUCGCUCCGUUUCGACCAAAACCUGCAGUUGACUCGUUUAUCAGGGAAUUGAGCAUCCGAAACAAAAAGAAGAAACCGGUUGAUCAAAGAAACAUGAAAGAGGAACAAUCUCCAAUUAAAACCGUAGGACAUUUUGAUACGACUCUGUUUGGCAAAGACUCUAGUCCACAGAGUAGGCUUUCCGACACUUCUGAAACACUGGAGGAGGCGAGCCCACAACUGACCAGACAUAUUAUAACAUGCAGUAUGAGUUCAGACGAGGAAAGCUCUGACGACGAGGAAUUAUCGGACCUUGCCAAAAAAAUCAAUAGAUCAGGAACAGUGGCGAAAUUUCUUAAAAAUAAGGAGAAAAACAAAAGAAAUGGAGAUACUAUCGAUGGUCAAUUUGAUCAUAACGAAGAUGAGGAAGAUUCCGGCUGGCGGACAGACACAUCAUCCAACACGGGCAGUCUUGGUCGAUCAAAUCCUUGGGGAACAUUUUCUGAAGAGGACUUCUCCGAUAAGGACUCAAGUAAGCUAUUUACAGAUUCAGAAAGUGUGCUUUCACAUAAAGAUGAGUUAUCUGAUUCUGAAAAUCAAGAACAAAAUCAUAACUACCGAGUUAACUCUGAUAUAUUGACGACACAGUUGCAUAAACUAGAUACUAUCGAAGAGAGCGGAUCGUUCACUACAAAGUCGGACAAACCUAGCUUAAUCAGAGAAAACAGCCACUCCCUGGACAAAUAUCUUGUAAAUAAACUAGACGCCCUUGAAAAAGCGGAAGACAGUCCCCUGCGUGAUCUGCCUUCAGACAAUGAUGAAAGGCCUGUUCCUUUGUUGCGACCUUUGAGUCAGAUUUCAGAUGAAGUUUUUGAUUCAGAAUCUCCAGUUGACGCCGGCAAUGGAGUUGAAGAUUCAAAGGGGCUUGAUUCGUCACCUCUCUCUUUGAGCCCAGAGCCAAGUCUUGACAAAUUUCGUGCAAUCAGUGAUAGCCCUAUUCCCCAACCAGAAUGGGAAGUUGAUGAAUUUGACAUUUCGACUGAUGCACACAGUAAUGAAGAUCGCCCACAAAGCAUCAAUCUAGAUGACUUGAAUAUUUAUAUACCUGCUCCCCCGAAGAACACAACACGGGCGAUUAGCCCACGAGAACUAGUUAUUCCAUCACCACCUCACGAUUUUGCAGGCGACACAGAAGCUCUGUUUGAUUAUGAGGGUGAGUCUUCUGAGUUUAAGGUUUAUUUGCAAGAAUCUCCAGAAAGCAAAAGUUCCUCAACAAGAAGCUCGUCUUCAGAGGAGGUUAUCGAAUUUAUGCAUAGUGAAGAUGCAACGGAUGAAAGUACAGCAAAAGAGGGAAGAAUUUCACCGCCAAGUGAGUCACCAGAUGAAGAAGUUGAAUUCAUGACCCCAGAUAAAAUCACCAAUGUAAGGAUUUAUCAAAAUGACAUCAAUGAUUCAGCGAAAGAAGAGUUAAAAGAAAAUGUUGUGAAAAAAGAAAAUAUUUGUGAAUGCGACGUUGAACCUUCUAGACGGACAAAAGAAAAAUUUAACUCACUGCCCAUAUUGCGAAAAAGCCAUAGUGUUAAUGAGAGUGAUUGCUCUUCAUUUUCUACUUCGGCUAUUGCAGAGGAAGGGGAAAUUAAAUAUCCCGGAGUAAGAAGGCAAACAGAGCCUCUUGUUUUACCACUUAUUCUACCAAAGAGCCCAAGCUUGGAACUAAAAAAUGAGAGGGUUGCUUCUCCUGUGUUUUUCUCACUUCAGAACAUUCCAUCAGAUUCUAAUCCAGGCCCGUUUCAACAGUUUGCUACAAGCACCAAUCUCGAAAAGACAGACAGACUCAUUCUGCCAUCAACUCCUCUUUCUCUGAGAAGAAAUCAAUUCACCACACUAUGCAGUGCAGAUAAUAUUGCCAAGACACACAGCUUACCAAAUAGUUUUUCAUUUAACGAGUUCAAUGGUUAUAUGGACGAAUGUAAAGAUUCAAUUUCAAAAUGUGAGCAAUUUGAAGAGGAACUUUGUGCGCUUAUCGAAGAAAACAAACGCGCUGAUCGAAAGAGUUUUGAAGGGGAUGAUCCAGAAAGAGGAUCAUUUAUUGAAGUCAUGCGUACCGGAGCUAGGUCAUUGCUAAAUAGAACAAAAGACCUUGUUACGAUGGCAACCAGUGGUAACAUCAAAGGCCUGCACAUUUUUGUACGGUCAUCUAAACACGAAAUCGAGAAUCUUGUUGUUGCUAUGACAACAGUAAAGAACAGUGUAACACUUGCAACUCUUAUAAAGGACGUGGUAGUGGGAUAUAAGGAAGUUAUUUCACAUCUAAAGAAGGGCACUGGCAAACCUUUGACUGAUCCAGAGAUUGUCAAAUUAAUGGAAAAAACGAACGAACUUAGCUUUUCAUCAAAUAUCUUGGUUCGUGGUCUACGCUCAUAUUGACUUAAGACUUGUAUUUCUCAAAUUCCCACUCUAUUAAAACUAAUUUCAGCGAAAACAAAAAUCAUUUGCUUUUUAGGUUAUUAAAUGGCUUAGAAGAAUUCAAUUUCGAUUUUCCUUGCGGUUUUACAAUUUACUAUCAAUUUUGUUUAAUUUGGGUUUUUCAAUGCAUUAAAUCUUCAUAUGUUGCAUAAAAAGCAGGCCAAGCAAAUUGUGAAAAACGAAAUAAUCAUGGUAACAUUACUCACUUGGUCUGAAUAAUAUAAAAAGUAAAAGGUUCUGAAGGUAACAACAGCUAUUCCAAACUGUAUUUAUUUAAAGCAUGAAAAAUAUCUCUGCUUAAUGUAUAAUUUUGCUUUCGAAAUUCAGUCUAUUAAUUCUAUUGGUUUUGAUGAGGGUUUGAAGUAUUCAGUUCUUAUAAGAAGAGAUCUUCAUGAAAAAUUGUUUUUUAGUUUUGUGAAAGUUAUGAUUAUGAUUAUUAUUGAUAAUUUUCAAUAGUUUUUAUGUGCCGAAUAUAUUCCUGUAUAAGCCAAACUUUUUAAGCAAUUUUUUUGCAACAAAAGUCCAUUUUCAGUGUAUUGGAACAAUUAUUGACAAAUACAAAUUUAUGCCCCUUUAUUUUCUAUUCUGUUGGUGAUGCUGUGUGGAUGCGAAACUCAGCUAUAAACUUUGUCAAAAACUCAACUUAAGUUAUUUAUUUAAGAUGAAAGUUUCAUAAUUUGUUUUAAUAAAAUAUUUUUUAAUUUUUAGACUUUAUUUAAAUCCCUAAUGCAAAAUUUGCCCUUGCUUUUACACAAAAUCACAAUUUUGAUGUCUCUAUCCAAAAUGUCCCCUUUUGGAUUAUACACAAGAAGGCUUAUACAUGAGUACAUACCUUGGUAAAAUAGAUAUAAACACUCGCAAGGAAGUUAAUUUUGUAUACCAAAUAUUUGUAAAUAAGUUUCUCAAGUGCAUUCAAAGUUGUAUGAUUUUUAGAAUAAUGAAUUUUGUAUGAUAUUUAGAUUUAGACUUUCCACCUGAAAAUUUUAUUUAUAAUUGGAAAACAUUUAUAAAAUCAAUUAUGGUAUAUCAGAAAUAAAUUUUCACGAAUUCUCUUGCAUUCUAUAAAAAUUUACUUGGAUUCCAGAGAAAAUAUGUGCUGUUCUCCCAUUUCCCUGUCACACUGGGAAGCUUGACUCCUGUUCUUGGAGGUCAGGAAAAACAGUGGGUUGAGAUAAACAUUGGUUUACAGUCAAUUCCAACAUGUAAUUAUAGGAAGGAGGUGGAGGUGUAGGAUGCAGUUUAAGUAUGGUUGGAAAUGAUUGCAUAGAAUGAUUACAUAAAUCAAGCGUGGGUUAAUAAAAUGAGAAUGUGGGGUCUUAAAAAAUAAAGAAAAUAAACAGAAGCAGGGCUCUAACUUCUGACCUCAGAGUUCUGUUAUAAUUUAAAAAGUUGUUUACAGCACAAGAUUUCACUCUAACCAUUUUUGCAAUCCUUAUACAUAUACUUUGAAAAGAAAAUUCAUAAAUUCCAUUCAAGGUGCAUAAAUGCCAUUGAAUCACUGUGUUUUAACAACUCUGCAAAAUGCAGACUUUUUACUUGUUGUGUGUGCUAAGUCCAAACAGGUCAGAUGUAAUGAUGAGAAAAGUAUUAUGAGAUAAUUGAAUAGCUGGCAACUGCAAAAACACAUUUUUAAAAUUAUCUUUCUGCCCUUUCCAAAUCCCAUAAGAAAUAGAUUUAUCCACUUUUUAAGCAUCCAGAUAAAAAGUUCAAAAUUUAAUAAGGCCACUUAUUUGAAUCUAUCCACUGGCCUGAUAUGAUGAAUAUUUGCACCUUGGAAAGUUUGCUGGAAGGUGAAAUGCAGCAACAAUAUUUUUGAGGCAAUUUUCAUAACAUGAAAGUAGAGGAUUGAUGUAACAUAAAAAGUCAAAGAAAAUUCAUGAAAUAUUUGAUGGUUUUAG